GAGCGGCCCGGAAGUGUCUCUGGGCACUUCCUGAGACCCGCCAACUUCCAGCUGCUGCCAGCCACAGCCAGCUACCGCGGCUAGGUUCCUCCAGGUGCAGAGGGCGGUAAAGGCUUGGUUUGUAUUUGUAAUGCAACUGUGGUUAGGACCUUCUCUUCAGACUGGUCAAGAAACGGGAAGAAAGGAUGUCUGCUUUGGGGCCUGCAGCUCCAUACUUGCACCAUCCCGCUGACAGUCACAGUGGCCGGGUCAGCUUCCUGGGUUCCCAGCCCUCUCCAGAAGUGACGGCCGUGGCUCAGCUCUUGAAGGACUUAGACAGGAGCACCUUCAGAAAGUUGUUGAAACUUGUAGUCGGGGCCCUGCAUGGGAAAGACUGCAGAGAAGCUGUGCAGCAACUCGGUGCCAGCGCCAACCUGUCAGAAGAGCGUCUGGCCGUCCUGCUGGCGGGCACACACACCCUGCUCCAGCAGGCUCUCCGGCUGCCCCCUGCUAGUCUAAAGCCAGAUGCCUUCCAGGAAGAGCUCCAGGAACUUGGCAUUCCUCAGGAUCUAAUUGGAGAUUUGGCCAGUUUGGCAUUUGGGAGUCAACGCCCUCUUCUCGACUCUGUAGCCCAACAGCAGGGAUCCUCGCUGCCUCACGUGUCUUACUUCCGGUGGCGGGUGGACGUGGCCAUCUCAACCAGCGCUCAGUCCCGCUCCCUGCAACCGAGUGUUCUCAUGCAGCUGAAGCUCACAGAUGGAUCUGCACACCGCUUCGAGGUGCCCAUAGCAAAAUUCCAGGAGCUGCGGUACAGUGUAGCCUUGGUCCUUAAGGAGAUGGCAGAACUGGAGAAGAAGUGUGAGCGCAAACUGCAGGACUGAACCCUGGUACUGUGGGUCCCGAAGCUGGUACCAGAACACAGCCCCCCACUGGUGAUGAGGCCAACUCCAUUAGGUCCUGCAUGUGAGAACGUAUUUUAAGUGAAAAGACGGCCGGGACUUUCGGGUUUUGUUUUAUGAGUCAACAGCUGGGCAGGGUGGCACAGUUUAUAAUCUCAGCCCUUGGAAGGCUGAG